UUCCUUUCCUGAUUUUUUUUAGUGCCCGCUCUGCACAAACGCCGCUUUCUUCCGUUUUCCAUGUCAUUUCCUGUAAUAAAAACAUGGUGGUCAUAGCAGAGAGAAGCAGCUGACUGCGUUACAAAUAUUUGGAGAUGAUAAACUUUGCGUCGCCCUGGACUACUGAAAUCCCCCGCGCCGCUGCGUCACCACGGUGUUUCUCAAAGCGGCCGACAGCGAGAGGCGCUGCGCCUGACGACCACCAAAGACCCCCGACGCACUGCGUAUAAUCUUCAGACGAUGUUGAAGUGAAAGUGGACGCACAGCAGUCUCUCCUUCCUUCCUGCCUUCAUCAUGGCAGAUUCUUCCUCAGUUCAAUCCCAGGCAUCCAUGGAAGUUGACUGCAGCUCCAGUACUCCAAAUGACAAGUCUUCAGAGGAGCCCAACAAAAAACUAAAAGUUGACCAUGAUAGUUGUGCCAGUUUAUGGUUCUGUGAGGAAUGCAAGGAGUAUUUUACGGAGCGGUGCCCUACCCAUGGUCCUCCUGUGUUUGUGCCAGACACCCCUGUGACAUCAGGGGUGCCCAACCGGGCAGCUCUCACGGUACCCUCGGGCAUCAGUGUUCUCCGAGAGAGGAAUACAGUGGAUGUCUGUUGUGUGGAUGAAAACAUACCAAAGGGGGCGCUGUUUGGUCCUUAUCAAGGCCAACUGAUGGCCUCAGAUAAACCUUCUGGGCCAUAUUCUUGGAUGAUUGUUGAUGAGAACAACAAAUACAAAUUUAUUGAUGGAAGUGAUGAAACUACAGCAAACUGGAUGAGGUUCGUUCGGAUUUCUUCAGAUGAGAAUGAAAGGAACCUGAGUGCGUUUCAGCACGGCGAGCACAUCUACUUCCGGGUGUGUCGGAAACCAAAAGUGGGCGAGAAACUUUGUGUGUGGUACAGCAGUGAAUACAUGAGGCGACUGCAGAGUGUGUCACAGGACAGCAUUGACCGCAACCUGGACACAGGCAUGAAAUUGGAAGAGCAGCAUCAAGAGGAGCCGAAAGGUCCGGUGCUGAGAUCUGCUCUUCAUGGUAGAAGGACCCUCAGUAAACAUGGAAGCGAUGAGGGAGAAAACCAACCCCAGGCCAAGAAAAAGAAGAUUGACCUGAUUUUCAAAGAUGUCGUUGAAGCAUCUUUAGAGGCCGGUCAAAGUCAGAACAACCCCCUAAACAGCACCUUGGCUUUUCCAAGAUCAAGAACAAACGUCUGCCAAGUUUUCAGCCCAUCUGAUGCAGAUUGCAAAGAGUCUGUCCUCGCCUCUGGAUUGGCUUCCAUGGAACACCUCAAUAGCAGCUUCGAUACAAAAUGUAUCAAAACAGAAGAAACAGAAGAAGAGGUGUCCCCACCUGGUGAAGGACCUUCAACGUCUUUUUGUCCAAACUGUGUGAGGCUAAAAAGACGAAUCCGUGAGCUGGAGGCCGAGUUGCUCCAUCUCAGAGGACCGGGGCAGGGUGAAGUUAUGCCUCCAUCUGAGCUCAUGCCCAAUGAAGACAUCAAAGAAUCUAUCACACCUAUGAUACCAGAAGAGGAUGACCAGGAUGUUGAUUCAGCAGAUGAAUCCAUUUCUGCCGACCUCAUUGUGGCUACAGACGAGUCUUCGAAGCUAACAGUGGGCUCGGGUCGUCGGAUCCGCCGCUUCAAACAGGAAUGGCUGAAGAAGUUCUGGUUUCUCCGUUAUUCGCCAACGCUCAACGAAAUGUGGUGCCAUGUUUGCCGACAAUACACCGUCCAAUCCUCCCGCACCUCAGCUUUUAUCAUCGGUUCUAAGCAAUUCAAGAUCCACACCAUUAAACUGCAUAGCCAAAGCAAUCUGCACAAGAAGUGUUUGCAGCUUUACAAGCUCCGCAUGCACCCGGAGAAGACCGAGGAGAUGUGCCGUAACAUGAUGACGCUCUUCAACGCAGCCUACCAUCUGGCUUUGGAAGGUAGGCCUUUUUCUGAUCUGCGACCCUUGACGGAGCUCCUAAAAAAGUGUGAACUGAAAGUGGUGGAUCAGUACAUGAACGAAAACGACUGUCAGAUUCUCAUCCAACACAUCGCUCGAGCCUUCAAAGAAGAUUUGGCGGAGAAGAUCCGGCUUUCACCGUUUCUAAGCAUCAUCAUGGACGGCCAUAAUGAUGAUCUCCUGGUUGACACUGUCGCCGUUUAUGUACAGUUUACUACCACCGAUGGGCUUCCUGCCACUGAAUUCCUCUCCUUACAGAGACUUUGUGUAGGCAAUGUGGAAGGCUAUCUUCAGGCGGUGGAUCGUGCCUUUGGUGGCCUGGGUCUGAGACUGCAAGACAUGCUUGUGGUGGGUUUGGGAAUCGAUGGUUCCAAUAUGCCCUCAAGCCUGAGGGCAAAUCUUUACAUAGGCAUACGAAAGACAAUCCCUUGGGUGUUGUGUCUGCCUAUGAUGAUCCAUCGUCCUCAUUUAGAGGUACUGGAUGCCAUUAGUGGGAAGGAACUUUCGUGCCUGGAUGAUUUGGAGAACAAUUUGAAGCAGCUGCUUAGCUUCUACCGGUAUUCUCCACGUAUGAUGGCUGAGCUAAGGUCAACAGCACCGAAUCUGUCUGAAGAAACAGAGUUUCUUGGGGAUAUAAGAGCUGUUCGUUGGAUCAUAGGGGAGCCUAACGUUCUCAAUGCCCUUAUUAAGGAUUACCUUGAGGUAGUUGCUCACUUGAAGAGCAUAAGCAACCAGACCCAAAGGGGUGAUGCUUCUGCAAUUGCACUGUCUCUCCUACAGUUCCUGUUGGACUACCAGUCUGUGAAGCUCAUUUAUUUUCUGUUGGACAUCAUUGCUAUCUUUUCACGACUCUCAUUCAUCUUCCAAGGUGACUAUUUGUUAGUGUCACAGGUGGAUGCAAAAAUUGAAGAUGCCAUUCAUGAGAUCGGUCAGUUGGUGGACUCUCCUGGAGAGUACCUACAGGAAUUUGAAGACAACUUUCGUGAGAGUUUCAACGGCGUAGACCUCAAGAACCUACGUGUUGCCGAGUCCAAGUUCCAGUCUAUUCGAGAUAAGAUCUGCCAGAGGAGUCAAGGCAUCCUCGCCCAACGGUUCGAUCCACGCAGUCGUACAGUCAUACAGGCGUGUCAAGUCCUCGACCUUGCCUCGUGGCCUCUUAACAGGGAUAAUCUUGGUGCAUACGGAGAGGAUGAGAUUCUUCUUAUUUUUGACCACCUGGAGACUAUUCGCUCAUCCGGUCGUGAGCUCUUGCAAGAAAGAGUGGAUGCCAGAGGAAGUCUAGUAGUCGAAUGGAGAGAUUUAAAAGCUGAUUAUUGUAGUGUGAAUGGUUUUAAAGAGGUAGUGAGCCACAUCUGCAGAUACAAGCAGCGUUUUCCUCUUCUCAAUCACAUCCUGCAGGUUGUCAGGGUGUUGCCAACAUCAACAGUAUGCUGUGAUAAGGGAAGAGGGUUCUUACAGAAAAUCCACCGAAAUUGUCGUUCCAGACUGACUGUGGAUCAGACGAACGAUCUGCUCAUCUUGGCCGUUAAUGGCCCACCCAUCGGGAGCUUUGACGGGAAGCGUGCAUUGGACAGCUGGUUUGAGGAGAAAUCCGGCAACAGCUAUUCACUCUCGGCAGAGGUGCUGAGCAGAAUGUCCAACGCCGAGCAAAAGUCUGUGUUGCACAAUAUGGAUAUGAAUGCAGAGUUUUAUCCCGACUGAUCAGAGCCAAUUCCUCAGCCAAAAUAAUUCCCCAAAAAAGCCAUCUCAUUGGAAAAUGGCUGAUCGGGACUUUAAUGUGAUUGGCCAAGUUCUUUGACAUUGGCCCUGCUGCUAAAAUGGCCUGGUUCAGCGUUUUCUCUAAGAUGUAUGAAUGCCUUGCAGGUCACAGGCACAUGAAAUACUUCAGAAUGUUCACAUAAAUGGUUGUGAUGUGUUGAUAUGUUCAGUGUUUUUGUUUUGUCGUUGAGUAAAUUCUCGACUGGGUGUUUAUAUAACAACUCUUCAUCAUUUUAUUAGGCAUUAGUCACUUUCGCAAAUUAAAUCCGUUAAAUUGCGGCAAAUGUUUGUACCACAUAUGCUAAUUACACAGACACAGGUGGCGGCUUUCCAAUAUUUUAUUCGUAUUGCUACUAUUCGCACAUAACUGCCGAAAUUGCUUUUUUUAUUUGCUUGGAAUUACCUUUCAUUGUCAAUGUCACACUUGCUCUCCAAUUUCUUCAAAAACAUCACUAGUGUUAAUUUUUGCAGAAAAGAAUGUAUGAAAGUAAGUAGUGAUUAGUGAUCAAUACUUGCAUACCAUUUUUAUUAUUCCACCUGCAAUAUAAAUAAGCAAUCUCUCUCUGUAUUGGUCGUAUUCUGUAAUGUUGACUGUGUAUGAAAAUUAAAUAACAAACAGCACUACAUUUUUAUAGCAUGCCAUGUUGUGUAUGCCAUUAAUCUCAUUUGUAAUGAAAAUAGCCACUAUUUUGCCAUGCAGUAUAUUCCUACCAUGUAGCAGACAUGCUGUCCCAGACAGCAGAUGAUCAGCACUGGAGUCAUCUGCUGUCUGGGGGUAUAUUUUUAUUGCUUUAGUUUUUCUUUAGUUAAUCAUUACUUUAAUGUGUAAAAAAUUACACAACGAUUUUGUGUAAAUUUGAAACUAUGUGGAUGUGCCAUUAUUUUUUAUGCGAUUCGGCACCUAUAAUGUGCAGUUUACAACCAAUAUAUAAACUCAUUUAAAGGUUUCAAAUAUAUAAAUAUGCAAGGUUUGAUUGCCUUACAGCCAUUAAAAAAUAUAUUUCUUUGUUAUAAAUGUUUUGCGUUGUGAUUGUCUGGUUGUACAUUUUAUGUACAGAACAGCCACUGGUGUACACCUGCGCACCCUAUGCCAAAUAUAUAUAUUGUUAAACCUACAACCUUUUUACUUUGCAUAGAAUUACAAUACUAUUGGUUAUUAUGUAAAUAUAAGUACACACACAUGCAUAUAUAAUUCUAAGAAAAAAAUUAUUAUAUAUUAAUACUCUAAUAUAUACUAAUACUCAAUAUAUUAAGUAUUCAUAUUUAUAUAUACUAUAAAUUAUAUAUAAAUAUAAAAAUGUAUAUACACAUGUGAAUAUUUCUUAAAUAUACAUGCGUGUGUGUGUGUGUGUGUGUAUUUAUAUAAACAUAAUUAUUAUAAACAAUACACAUUUGCGACGUAAACAAAAACUUUUAGUUUAAACGACUAAUUGCGAUUAAUUGUUAUGCAGCCCUACCUGUAAGCAGACUCAUAUUAGAACAGGUUUUUUGGGUUUUAAUCCAUUCUUGACACGUUUUAAGUAUUUUAUACUUUUAUUUCGAGCAGCAUACUUUUUUUACAGACUUUUAGCAUUAUCUUGCCUUGACACUAAAUUUCAGUUAAUGCACCUGUGCAAUAUAAAGUAUAUAUAUAUUUACUCUUUGUAUAUUCUUAACUAUAAUUCAAACACUUAUUAAUUAUAUGUUCCUUUAUUAUAAUAGAGCAUGUUCUACAAAAUUCUUACUGACUCCCCCAUUAUCGUAUUGUUUUCUAAAUUACCAUACUUUCAUUAACAAAUGUUCUCAGUUUUGCACAACGUUGUUUGGUUCACGUUGGUUAACAUAUUAUAAAGCCUUAUUAUUAUCAUCAUUGUAUCAUUUGUUGUAUAUCUCAUUUUUUGGUGAAUCGAAGAGCAUACAUGCAGUAUGUGAAUAGUAAUGAUUGUGCUCUCGGUCAAAUCUAGUGCCAUCAAAUGCAGUCCUGUUUAAACUUAAAUGAACUCUUAACUGUACACAUGCACAGUUUACAUUGAAUAGCUUCAGUGUGCCGAAACAUGAGAUACAUUGUUUCACAAAAUCUGCUUAAUGUUCCCAAGACAUUGCAACUGCUUGCUUUUUACAUAGAUUUAGCACGUCUGGAAAUUUUGCAUGUUUUCAAGCAAUAUGCCAACAGUAUGCAAGAGUGUGCCAUAUCAAUAAAUCCAUUUUAUAAUGUUUUAAUGAAUGUAUACAUUUAAAAAAUUAAAAACAACAUUCUAUGUCAAAUAUACCAAGCCCCUAAGGUGAUGUUGGAGUAAAAAAAAUCUAAAGUUUAGUUUCAUGUGCUCAUGUGAAACUUCCAUGUGCUCACAUGAAACUUCAAUGUGUUCACGUGAAACUUUCAUAUGCUCACGCAAAACCUUCAUGUGCAGAUUUUUUUUUAAGUUUAGUUUUGCGUGAAAAAUCGUGCGUACGUGAAACUUUCGCUUUCACGUGCGCGCGCAAUAGUUUCAGGGGAGCACGCGAUAGUUUCCUGUGCUCGUGCGAUAGCUCCACGUUAGCACGAGAAACUAAACGUAAAAAAAAUUCUGCACAUGAAGGUUUCGCGUGAGCAUAUGAAGGUUUCGCGUGAGCACAUGAAAGUUUCACAUGAGCACAUGAAACUAAACUUUAUUAAAUUUUUGCUCCAUGUCCCCUUAGGGGCUCUGUACAAAUAUUUUAAUUUGACAAUACACUGUAAAAGUCUUGGUUAUUCUCAAAAAGAAAUGAAACCAAGUUAUUUUAAAGGAAAACACUAGCGUUUUUCAAUAAUGUACUAUGUUCUUACCUUAACUUAGACAGAUUAAUACACACCUCUC